UUUCAGGUUCCUUCCACUUUCCCGUGAUGCACUGCGCGGCUGUGAUAUGUAGCAGUUGUGUUAGAUAAACCAUUUCACUUAUAUCAAGUUCAUAAACAUACGUAGAUGCUGCAGGCAUUUGUAAUUUUACCUUCGUGGAGUCGGAGCAUCUAAAGGCUGGCUAGCAAGAGUAGCCCACGCGAGCUCCGGAGGAUACCGUUGUGACCCGUAACUAAGGCAACGUCGAAUGACGUGACUCGAGAGUAAACGUUGGAAGAGUAGCCGAAACAAUCGCGGGCUAUUUGUUUUAUGGUUUAGUUCAUGUUUUCCUGUCCUGAGCAUGCAGAGACACAACUUGGGAAAAGAAAGGCUCAUAGUACCCACUGACUUCACCUCACCAGCGGUUUCAAGGAAUGUCCAGGAGGACCUGGUACCGCCAUCGCAUUUUACAUCGAGUGUCCAGUCUGCUGUAGCACACAGAGGCGUUCAAAUCACAGGGACACCACCAGCCAUCUCCUGGACAAAACCAGGUGUAACAUCAGCACCAUCAGCGGAUCCAAGUCCUGCCAAUCCAUGGCUCGCCAUCACUCAGGCCCAGCAGGAAAUCUUGGAGCUGAGAAAGGAAAAUCAACGGAUCAUGAUGUUACAAGAAAACAGCCUGAGAGGAAGGAUCCCUCUGGAUCGCCUGUCAGACCUUAGGGCAAGAUCUGCAGAGAGAAGUGAGCAGUGGUCUAGACGGGAGUCAGAAUGGCAUCUGGAGGCAGAGAAGCACAAGGCCGAAGCUGAGAGGUUGAAGGGGCAGGUGGAGGCCCUGAAGGAGAGUGCAGGGAGAAACAGAGAAGAGAUUAGAGAUCGAGACAGCACCCUGAACAGACAGAGCCAUGAGUUGGAAGCAAUGCGUCAAGAGCUAUGUAAGGCUAAGACUGAACUCAGCCAAAUCAGAGACGAGCUCAUUCACAGCAGUGCACAGAACGAGAAAACAAGCUCAGAGCUUGAAAGACUAAAGAGUGAGUCAGGUGAGGAAAUUGCAAGGCUGAGGAGCGAUGUAGAGAGAAAGAAAGAGGAAGCCCGGGAGCUCGCUCUAAAGGCUGAAAUGGGCAGGUUACAGGCUGAGGAGGAGGCCAAACAGCAGACUCUGAGACUGUCAGAACAUUUGGAGGAAAUGCUUAAGAAGCAGGAGGUGGAGCUGCAGGAGUUGAAUGCUUCCCACUCUGCAGAGUUGGGUGCAGCAAGAAAAACAAACAGUGAACUACAGGACAGACUUCAAUCAAUGACCUCAGAAGUGCUGCGGCUAAAAAGCACUCUGAUGGAGGUAUCUACUGAGAGAGAUGGGCUGAAAGAACAUUUAAGCAAAAUGGGACAAGCUCUUGAGACACAAUCUGCAACACUGCACAGCCUCAGAAAUUACAUCGGCCAGCUUGCCCCAGAGAAAAGAGAGAAGGAACAAUUAAAUGAAGCUGUUGAGAGGCUGAACAAAGAGAAGGCAGCUCUUCAGAUGACCACAGAGCUUUUAACAGUCAGGCUUAACUCUGUGAAUGAAAUACUUGCCCUCCAAGAAGAAAAAAUGGUGAGGAAGACCUUGACAGACCCACUUGUGAAGAAUGGAUCUGAGGGCCUUCAAGUGAUUCAGCUCUGGAGAGAGAAAGUGUUCAAGUUAUGCGUUCAGCUGCGCUCAAAGGACGUUGAGUUAAAAGUUGAAAAGGAUAAACUCGUUUCAAAAUAUAGAUCCAUGGAGCAGCAGCUCCAGCAGGAGCAGCACCAGGCUUGUGUUCUCCAGCACAGUCUAGAUGACAGGAUAGCUGAGCUGGAGCUGGAGAGAGUGGAAAAGGAGACAUCGAAACAGGACUUGGCCCAGUCUCACAAGGAAAAUUCUCAGCUGAAGUCACAGAGCCAGAAAUCGGAGGCUGAACUUAAAAUCCUGACAGAGGCAGUGCACAGGUUCAGUCUGGCAUUUGAAAGCAAGGUGGCAGAGGUGGAUGCAGCUCAAACGAGGCUCGACAUUUUUACCAAGAGGCUAACUUUUGCUAAAAGACGAGUGGAGACAAUCCAAGGUUUGAUCAUUAGGAGGGUGGCUCUGCAGAAAGUUCAGCAGGCCAGUAAACAGGCAGAACAGGCUGCUGAGGGGUACAGUAUCAGCAUCACAAACCUCCAGACAGAGCUUAGUUUGGUGUGUGAAGAGAGAGACAAGCUCACACAGGAGCUCAGAAGAACCCCGGAGCUCAUUGAGAAAGCUCUGGCUGAUCUGAAAGAACAGUAUGAAAGCAAACGCAGGCAGCAGCAGCAGGAGCUGGAGCAGAGCUGGAUGGAGGUCCAGCAGGCUGUGGCUGGCAGAGAGAAGGCCGAGCAGAGCCUGCAGCAUAUCCAGGCCCAGCUGGAGGAGAGCAAGGUCAACCUGGAGAGACUCUGCUCUGAGCUGCUCAUCCAGAAGGAGCACAGCAAGCAGGCCCUGCAGGAGAGGGUGUCUGAGAUUGAGGAACGGUGUGCUGAGAAGCUGAGAGAGUUGGAGGUUCAAGUCAAUACGGCCAGGAGAGAGCACACCAAAGCAGUUAUGACAUUGCGGCAGUUCGAGAGAGAGGCAGCAAGGAAACAGAACGAGAUGAGAGAAAGUCAGUAUUUGGGGGGUGCACACAUAAGGAGGGAGGUUCCGAAUAAACAACUGAAGGAGAUGGAGAAGGACAAAAACCUACUGCUGGCCACUGCUGCUGGACGAGGGCUGACGAGUGAGUAUGCAAGAGUUCAAACAACAGCUCUACAAAACUCUGCUAGUCCCAGAGAACAACAACAAAAACCUUCAGGGAGGAGUCGCUCUGUGGAGGCAAAAGUACCUGCAGAGGAGAGACUCCUGUCUGUUUUGGAAGAGCUCCACACUCUCAGUGCCACAGUGGUAAACAGCUCGGAGGAGGAGGAGGAGGAGGACGAGGACGGACAGAAUAACAGCGUGGGACCAUCCACAGGUAGUCUGCCCAGCUGAUACCUGAAGAUGAGUCACUGGAGGCUGUGAAAACACCAUUAAUUUGUACAAAAGGUGGGCAGUGUUGAUGAUUUAGGAGCCAGGAAAAUACACUCAGUCGGAACAAUUUGUUUGAGCCAAACAUCAGAAAAAAAAAUGCAUGUCACAUUGCUACUGGGUGUAUAAGAGGAAUAAUAGGUGGCUAGUGCAGAGACAGUAUGCAUAAAUUUAACACAAGUGUAAAUUCAAGUUUAUAAAAUGUUUUCAAUACAUGUUCUGCAUCUGUCUCCAGGAUGACUUUUAAUUACAGAGAAUACUGGAAAUACAAUGAUGGAAAAAGUACUCAACUCAGUCAACAUAUUGCACAAAUGUUUGUGAAAUUAACACAAGCACUUCUCAACCAAAGUGAAAUGGAAGAUUUAUGUGUUAAUGUGAAUAUCUAGAGUUUCAGUUGCAGAAUAGUCUUGUUUUUCAUUCUCUUGCUUGGACCAAAUCACUUCACCAGUAAGACCAUGUUCCACACUUUCACUUUCUUUUACUUAUUUUAAAUUGGUCCCAGAACAGUUUGAUUUGUGCCCACUGAAUCAAUGAAUUGCUUUAAAGUUUAAGAUCACAAUUGAGCAAAAAUGUUGUGUGAUACUUUCCCAAAAGAAACUAUUUACAUAUUUUUUUACUACAGAUUGAAAUAAUAGAAUCUGUGUUUGUGAAAAAUAGCAGGACCGGUGGUCGUGACUUAAUUAAAUGCAAACGUGACUAGAUUUGUCAGUUUUAGUGAGCUUUUUAUCAGAUAACAAAGAGAAGCCUGUCACAUAAAAGCUGACAUAGUACUUGUCCUGCUAAUGGGAUCAGAAGUCUGUACUGUAGAAGUUUAUGUGAUUGUCCAAGUGUUUCUUUGCUAUGCAGAGACUGGUGACUUACUUUUCAGUGUGACCUAUA